UAGUAUUUAAUUUGCAUCAAAGUGAAGUCUAGAUGAAAGAAAUUAAUGAUGGGAGUAGUUAGUUUGGAAGUGAUGUUGAAGCAAGAGAAUAUAAUGUGUUAUAUAUGUCUUAGGCUUGAAAAAACAACAUACGAUGAUGUCUUUCUUUCAGUCUAUGUUGCGAAGGUCUCUUCCUAGCUCCCAUAUUGAAGUAGAAGCAAAGAAAAGAUCACCAAACCAACCAAUUAUGAUCCUCAAAUAUGGCACUCCAAAAUUGUUGUGACACAUGAACCAUGGAGAUGGAACCCCAACACGAUUUCACCUCCACCGUCGACACGUCUCGCCCCUUCACCUCCGUCAAAGAAGCCGUCGCCAUAUUCGGCGAGCGCCUCCUCCUCGGAGAGAUCUACUCGCCCAAGCCCUUCUCACCGGACAUGUACACUCCAACAACAAAGCGAGAACCGUCGUGGAGGCUCUCACCGCCGCCGGAGAACAGCAACAACGACCACCUCGUUGACGUGAUAAAGAAGCUGGAGGCGGAGCUUGAGCAAACGAAGAUGGAGCUGAAGCUGCUCAAGGAAAGAGGGAGCGAAACGGAGGUGGCGUUGGCCACGCUCAACGCGGAGCUUCACAAGAACAUGUCGAAGCUCGCUCAGGCCGAGGCUGCCGCCGCGGGGAAGGCGGCGGCGGCGACGACCAAGACGGUGAGGUUUGAGAUGGUAGAAGAUGAGAAGAAAAAGGAAGAGGUGGUGAGUGUGGGUGACAAUGACAUACUUAGUCUUGGUGAAAACGACCAUCUUUUUGGAGGGAAAGAGAAGAAGGGAAGGAAACACAAACAGAAACCAAUCAUCCCUCUCGUCGGAGAUUUCUUUUUCAAGAGAAAAUCAUCUUCCACUACCCAUCACCAUAAUCCUCUUUAUGCUUCUCCUUUUUAAUCUUUAAUAUCUGCAUGCUUCAACACUCCAAAUUCUAUGUGUGUUUUUUUUUCUGGCCUUGGUUUGUUUGUAAAAGUUAAGGAAAGUUUUUAUGUAUCUACGUAAAUUUAAUAGUUCUGACACCAAAUUCUGAUAUAAUAUGUUUUCUUACA